CGAAACGGAUGUAUGCAAACUAUAUAUAAAUGUGGAACUAACGCUGUAUCAGUGGGCAAAACAGUGCCAUCCCUUGUACGGAUAACACGUGUAUAACUACUGGUAUCAGGAGGAAAACAGCUAGUAUCCAACCUCUGAUGUAUAAAUAUACCACGCACGCAGCUGUGCUACGUGUCAUACAGAUAACUCUAAAAACUAUAUCACUUUUCCACUGAACACAUUGCAAUAUGACUGGAUUACUUCAGCUGAUGUUAUUGGUCAGCACGGCCCUGGCCUCCGAGCCAUCGAGUCCUGUGUGCUCCAAAUUCGACUACGAGGAAAAACUGCUUGAUAAAAUGAUCCGGAUGGAGUUUGCAUUUGAGCAAUUAAGCAAUAGGAUGGGCCAGGACUUGAAAGACAUUCGAGAGGAGAAAGAACGUUUGCAAGCGGUCGUUGAUGUCAUGAAAGACCAACAGAAGCAAGCAGAACGUAGACUGGUUUCGCUCAUGGAGGAAGUUGAGAGAAACCAGUCCAGUACACUUGAGAGUGUUGUGACCGAGUCUAACAAUACGUUAGAACAAAUAAGUGCCGCCUUCAAUGAUAUUAAAGAUAAAGCAAUCAUUCCAUCGGUGUACUUCAACGCCCGUUCUCCACAGACCAGCACCCUGUCCACAGGUGAAGUGAUAGUGUACAAGACAGUGGAGACAAACCAGGGCAACGGCUACAGCUCCACCACGGGCAAAUUCACUUCUCCAGUCCAAGGUCUCUUCUUGUUCCAUACACAAACGUGUACACCUGCAUCAAAAUAUGCUUACCUCGCGAUAGUAAAGGAAGGCUCAGUUCUCAUUGGAAGUAGUCUGUAUGAAGGUAAUUUUGCUGACUGUUCUAGUAGUCUGGCGUUUGUACAGCUUGAAAAGAAGAAACUGUCUGGGUGAAAUGCUCCGCUGGAGGCUCGAACAGACAUCUGUAUGAGUCGAGUUAUAGCUGGACCAGUUUUGGUGGUGCUCUCAUUCACAACUGACAUGCUGUAGUUCGAAGUUUUAACAAAAGAAAGUAGUUUCAAUGUAUAAUGGACGUUAAAUCUAAAGCACAGAACGUAGCGUGAUUAUUAUGUGAAACUGUUUUGUUAUAAGUUGUUCACAUCUAACAGCGCGUCAUACAAGAUACAACACUAGUC